AUGAUUGAUGAAUUUAUUAAAAAUAAGUUAGAAAGCUAUAUAGAUUUGCACAUCGAACAAAAACUAUUUAGUUAUAAUAAAUUCUAUAGAAUCUCUGUAUUAAACAUAAAGCACAUUAUACUGUAUUUUAUAGGGACUGUACAGAAAGAUAAAAGUCUAAUAGAACAGUCCUAUGAUAAAAUUAAAAAAAUAGUAGUAAAUACGAAAAACCUAUUUCAAUGCGAUGCAAUAGAGGUAUAUUCACUAGUUCAUGCUAUUGUUCAGAAGUUCUAUGAAGAAUUCAUAUUUAUCUAUAAAUUGACUAUAGAAGAAAAAAAUACAAUUAAAAAGAGAACAUUGCGUAGGCACAUAUAUAUUAGUAGAAAAAACUUAUAUAAAACACUAGGGGCAGACACAAUUAAAAUUAAAAAAUACAUAACAACAUAUAUAAUGCUAAAUAAAAAAAGCAAUAAUGAAAAUUCUACAUUAUAUAGUGUAAAAUUUCAUAAUAUUUUUAAAAAUGCUAUUGUACUAAGCAUUAAAGAUCACUAUCAUGUGCAAUUUGUGGAUAAUCCGCACCAUACUAUUGAAAUAAUUCAUCUUCCUUUUUAUAUAUACAAAAAAGAAGAUGGCUCAGUUAUAAUGCAGCAGUUCCAUGACAUUAAUAGUAUACUAUUACAUCUUAAAAUGGUAUUUAACAUAGGAUAUAAAAAAAGUCAUUUGAAGAAAGGCGAUGUAUACCCGUUUAAAUACAGUAGAGAGGAUAAAACCUGGUCGUUAAUAACCGAUAAAUCCGAUUUAAACAAAACAGUACAGGCAAUAGAAAAUGAAAACUGUAAUGUGGUGUUCUAUUACAUAAAAGAAAAUAUCUAUGAAACCGAGUUCUGUUUUGCACAAUUUGUGUACCCACCUGAAAUAAAAGACAUAGUUAACGAUGAAAAUAUUGACAAGCCAAGAAUCCCAUUAUUUCUCUCGAAAUUUAUGGUUUCUGGAAGUGUGCUUGGGCCAUAUGACGAGUCUGUUAUAUCAUAUAAAGUAUAUUCUAUGCAAAACUAUAAAUGCAUGAAGCCUAUUAAUUAUUUGCACGACUAUACAGAGGAAGGGUACAAUGACAUUAUGAAAUCUUCUUUAGGCACAAUAGAGAACACGACAACCUUAUCAGUGAAAGAACUUCAUAUGAGAAAGAACUCUUUAAAUUAUGCUAUUAAGUAUUAUUAUAGUGACUUCUUUAUAAGAAAAUCAACAGAUCCAUAUGAAGAUAUUCACUGCUAUGACAUGAAUAUUAUGCAGAAAGAGAGUAAGUCAAACGGCACUGUAAAUAUAUCUUGGAAUACACAAGAGAGACACAGUGCUUAUGAGUACACAUCAUACGCUUUUGAUAGUACUGUAAAAGACGAACGACUUCAUAUGCAGGCAGCCAACCAGCCGGCCAUCACUUCAUUUAUUAAUAUGCUUCAGAGAAAAAACCCAUCCAUAAACACUGCGCUAUAUGGAUACUGCAUCUAUAAAAAUAGCGCGGAUAUUGACUAUAAAGCAAGUGCAGUGUUCUGUCUGACUAUGCGAGAUCUUUUAGAGAGAAUGAAUACGCAUUUAUUGGAUUUAAACAGAAAAUAUGAAAAAAUCGAUCCUGUAACAGGUGUAAAUCUUUUUAGCACCACGCAUGGCCCAAAGUUCAAUUUAAAGGACAUUUCUAAUGCUAUUCAAGACAGU